AUGGGCCAGAAAGCUUCCGUCGUCCAGGGGGUACGAUCGGAGAAUUACUUUGAGCCCGGCAAUGCCAUCAACGAAAUAUGGCUUGGUGACGUCGAGAUCGUCUCCCGUCUGCCUUUUGGCGACUCCGACAUGGCUCAAGCAGGCUGGCCAGAAGGUGACUGGCCCAAGAUCCCAUGGCAUCCGUUCAUAAUCCCACUACGCCGCAAGCUGGCCGAACGGGGGGAACCGGACGCUCCAACACUCGCCCUUUGCGACGGACAACUGUGUGCAUGUCGUCUGUGGGGUGGCCCAUUUACCAACCUCCCCUCAAACUCCCUGAUGGCUAUCUGGCUCUGUUUCUUCUUUAUCCUAUUAUGCUGCUGUUUAGUUCCAAACCUCCUGAGACGAGUUCGUCACUAUUGUGAGUCUCUACCUGACGUCGACAUUGGAAGACGGCAGUCCACGAUCAGAACCUGGCUGGGCAUCGGCUUUGCUACGUUAGUUGUCAGCUCAACGCUGACUGUUUUCGGCUCUUUUGCGCUGCCGGCGUUGUUUUUGUGUCAGAAGUUCCCCCAGGAUGCUCGCGUAUGGGUCAACACGGACCUCUACUUCUACCCAUACAUGUUCAUCAUGCAUUGUGCAUGGGGGGUUGUGAUCGUCUUGGCAACUUGGUGCGUAGGGUUUGAACUAUGCCGACUCGCCAAGGCGUAUGAAGAGCGACGCAUCUCCAUAACCGCAGACGAUCCUUCCAUUCCUACAACUGCCAGAUCGUCUACAGGUUCCCACGGUCCUAAUGAACAGCCAGCGCGUCAUUCUGGGGAGGAACAAGCGGCUUCUCAUCCUCCUCGACAAGGGGUCUCAUUGGAUUCCCAGCGCCCGGCCACCCGGACCAGCCAUGAACCCCGGCAUUCGACCACGGCGCAGGAUCAGAAAUCAGUUUCCGAUCCUGGGGCAGACGCUAGAGGGGAUCCUCGACCGAGUUUACAAAGCCAGUCUCAACGAGAUCAAUCCAGACGUGAUCGAUCGAGACGCUCGACAAGCAAAAGCCUAAAGAGUCAGCUUGAUGCGGAGGACAUCCAACUUGAUGCGUUGACCAAGUGGAUGAGUUCUUAG